AAAGAGAAAUCCCAGCAGAACUUGCAGCCGGGUGGGCUGAAGAGACACACGUCUCUAACGGACCUGAGUCACGCCCACGAGCAACAGGAAGUCGAGUAUCUGCGUUUGCAAAUCAGCGAGCAGCAUGGCAUUAUAGAUGAGCUCACGCAGGAACGGGACAGGAUGAUAAUCAACAAAAAGAACAGGCGAAAAAACAUCAAGUUGCCCAAGAGGCAUGUUGUGGAGACAUAUUUUGGAUUUGACGAAGAAUCUGUCGAUUCUGAAACGUCAUCUCUGACAUCAUAUAACACCGACCGCACAGAUCACACCCCUGCCACCCCCGAAGAGGAUCUUGAAGAUGGCUUUUCCCGAGAGGAGGCGGAGCUGCGAUUUCGGCAGCUGACGCGAGAGUACCAGGCACUGCAGCGAGCUUACGCACUUCUGCAGGAGACUACAGGGCCUCUGGACCCUGAGAGACACUGCAGGACACGGGAGCAGCUGCAGACGGAGCUGAUUGGCUGUCAGGCACGGAUUGCCGACCUGGAGCGGAGCUUGGCAGAGAAGGGGCAGGACUCAAACUGGGUGGAGGAAAAGCAAAAUCUUCUCAGGGUGAGCCAGGAACUCAGAGAAAAGGAUAGGGAACGCCGUUCUCCUGCCUUUAACCUGCAAAUCUCUGCCUCUGAAAACAACAGUAUCCUACAGCUACACUGCCGACAAGAGGGUGUCAAGGAUGUCAUCAUUCCUGACCUCAUGAAAAAGCUUGACAUUCUUGGGGAUAAUGGGAACUUGCGAAACGAGGAGCAGGUGACAGUCAUUCAAGCAGGCACUGUGCUGUCUUUAUGUGAAAAGAGGGUGCAGGAGCUGGAGGCCACAUUAUACGCUGCCCUGCAGCAGGAUCCAGACAGCUGUGUGGGGGAGAGUUUGAGUGACAGGCAGCGAGCGAAGCUGGCUGAGUCAAUGGAUGCAGUGCGGAGACAGAUCCUGCGGCAGAGUCGCCAUGCCGACACGCUCGUUCUACAACAGCGCAUGGAGCUCCUCCAGUCUGCGCAGCAGAGGAUCAGAGAACUUGAAGAUAAGAUUGACAUGCAGAGAAGACAAAUCAAAGAGAUUGAAGAGAAGUUUUUGUUCCUUUUCUUGUUUUUCUCACUAGCUUUUAUUCUCUGGCCUUAAAACCCACACACAUCAUAUUCUCUCUCUAUAUCGCCUUCUGUCUCUCCCUGUCUUUCUCAAACACAAACAGGUGCAGUAUCUAGAUGAGAGAUACAAACUCAUUUUGCCACUAGAAACUUUGGUGACACAAUCAUUCCUCGGUUUGUUGUACAAAACAUGUUUUUAAAUAUUUUAUGAAACAUUCGUAUUUCAAGAGUUCCAGAGGCUGCUUAAUUUUGUUUUGUCCGAUUGAAAAUAGUGCAAACAAAUAUAAAUAAAUGCACCCUAAAUAUUUGUUAUAAUGAGUAUUUCAAAACAC